UACUUGGCCUAACUUCACUCAGUCUUUUUCAAACCAUGGCAGACGUUGUCAAUAUAAUCGUGGCACAAGCUACCGAAAAUGUGAAAGAAAAUGCAACAAAUACCACGGGGAAGCCCCCUAGCACCCCCGAAGGCAUGGCCAUGGCGUAUGGCAGCAUCGUCGUCAUGGCCCUUUUGCCAAUUUUCUUCGGGUCGUACCGAUCUGUCAACUACCAUAAGGAAAACAAACCAGAGAAAAUGACCAAGAAGGAUGCCGCCAUCUUCCCCAUAAUGGCAUCAUGUGCCCUGGUCGGGCUGUAUGUAGUCUUCAAACUGUUUUCCAAAGAGUACAUCAACUUGCUACUGACUGGAUAUUUCUUUUUCCUCGGGGUGUUGGCCCUCACACACUUGCUGAGUCCUGUAGUGAGUAAGCUUGUGCCUGCCGCGAUUCCUAAUAUUCCCUUCCACAUCACCUUCAAGCAAGGAGAAGGCGAAUCUGCUCAAUAUUUGAUUGAUUAUCGGUUUUCCACUUAUGACGUAGUGUCCCUGGCUGCGUGUUCUCUAGUCGGCGCUUGGUACUUAGUCCAGAAACACUGGAUCGCCAAUAAUUUGUUUGGAUUAGCUUUCGCUGUCAACGCUGUUGAGCUCCUCCACCUCAACAAUGUCAUCACUGGAUGCAUCCUCCUGUGUGGACUCUUCUUCUACGAUAUCUUCUGGGUGUUUGGGACUGACGUUAUGGUCACUGUUGCCAAAAGCUUUGAAGCCCCCAUCAAAUUGGUGUUCCCGCAAGACUUGCUCCAGAACGGACUUGCUGCUAACAAUUUUGCCAUGCUAGGGUUAGGAGACAUUGUGAUUCCAGGCAUUUUUAUUGCCCUGCUUUUGAGAUUUGACAACAGCCUCAAGAGACAGACCAAAACGUACUUCCAUGCUGCUUGCCUAGCCUACUUCCUUGGUCUAAUGGCUACCAUUUUUGUAAUGCAUGUCUUUAAACAUGCACAACCUGCUUUGUUAUAUUUGGUACCUGCCUGCGUGGGAACACCUUUACUUCUCGCAUUAGUUAAAGGCGACUUGACUGCACUAUUUAAGUAUGAGGAUUCUCCUGAUGAAAAAGUGGAAGAGAAGAAGAAAGAUGAAAAAACGUCGAAACCAGAAACCAAAAAAGUAAAAUAAUUUUUUAAAACAAUUUCAUUGGAAUUAUAUAAAUUGUUUCGUCUGAACGUUUAA